AUGCCCGGGAGUGAGACAGUCGCUCUUUUCGGCAAACUCCUCGUCCAAGAAGGACAAAACGCUGGCAAGGUCUCGCAACUGAUCGUUCUUACCUCUCUCCCUGCAGUCGAUGAUUUUGGCGCGUUUCGAUCGCGGUCCGUCGCUGCUAGGACCUGGCCUUUUCCUUUGCCUUCGCCGACUGCUCGCCCCCGCCGAUUCGAACCCGAUUUGUGCGCCCUGAGAUAG